UAUGGGAAGGCUGACUCUAUGGCAGUAGGUGGAGCAGUUCCUACCGGACGUUGAGCUCUAUGAUGUCAUGGCAGCCGGAAGUUGUGGGGAGAAGGGGCGGAGAAGAUGGCGGCGCAGAGAGCAGUAAGCUGCUUGUGGAGCUGCCUGUGGCAGGGAUCACAGAAUAUCCUUGCAAAAGGCAACGUUCCACUAAAACAGCAUAACUUUCUUCAAAACAAGCACUUGAUGUGGUUCCAGUUUUCAGGGAUCCACAAUGAUAUUCAGCAGUCCAAACAGAACUCCUUGGUAUCCAUUUCAGAUGAGCCAGACACACUCUACAAGAGACUGGCCGUUUUAGUUAAAGGUCAUGACAGAAUUGUGUUGGAUAGUUAUGAAUAUUUCAUGGUGCUUGCUGCUAAAGAGCUUGGUCUCUCCAUAGAAAAAGUAGAAGAGCCUCCAAAGAAGAUAGAACGAUUCACACUUCUGAAAUCAGUGCACAUUUACAAGAAACACAGAGUUCAGUAUGAAAUGAGGACACAUUACCGCUAUUUGGAGUUAAAGCAUUUAACUGGGAGCACAGCCAAUGUUUACCUUGAAUACAUCCAACGAAAUUUACCUGAAGGGGUCGCCAUGGAAGUAAAAAAGACCAGAUUAGAAAAGCUUCCCGAGCACAUUCAGACACCUGUUUGGGACACCCUGCCUCCAGCUGAAGAAGCAGCAAGUGAAAAACAAACACCUGCCCUGUAAUUCUCCCUCCAUAUUCAUUCGGAGUAUAUUCUUUCAUAAGAGCCCUAUGCCGAGUUUGAACCAGUAUGUGUUUAAGGAGCCUGUUUCUUUGAUGACCAGAUCACUGACACUGCAACUCUAGACAGCUACUCAAGAAGAAGCCAAGGAAAUAAGAUAUUUGACAGGGAUAUGUUGUGUCGAUUUGUCUUUGUAUCAUGACUGGUUUGAAUAACUUAAAUAAAGUGAGACUAUAUAUAAAGCUUUUGAAUUAUACUAUAUUUGAAAUGUAUGUGUUUAACACUAUGUAUUAAACACACUUAAUUUUCUUUUUAA